AUGUUCAGAUAUCAUGCACAAGAGAAAUUUUCCAAUAAGAGAUUUUUUGAUGAGAGAAUUUUACUGGAAUUUUCCAAUAAGCAUCAAUCUAAGUUUCAUAUUGCGUUAAAAACGUGCAUGAAACAACAAUACAAUAACGAUUCGGUCACAGUCACAUUAACUAAAAAAAAAGAAAAAAUGCCUGCGAAGAGCAACAGAGUGUCGAACAGCAUGUGGUUUCAAGAUCCCAAACGUCUUGUACCAUCGGUAUCAAAGUUGAAUGGAAAUUGA